GUUUUCGAUGCCCUACUACGUCACGGCGGACAUGGAGGGCGACAUCAAGUUCGAUCUUGACGUCACCGGCACCGGUUUUGAGGUUGGACUCGAGGAGGGGAAGCCCUUCGUGAACUUCAAGGAGCCCAAAGUCAAAUUCGUGAACAGCAACGCUGCCACCGCCGCUGCACACCUUCAGCUCGGUAUGAGUGCCGGCGUCGAGAGCAACGUCCAGGUCUGCUUCGGCGGUAAAAUUUGCUCGGGACCUGCGGUUGAGCUCGGCCAGUCUGUGUACGCCGGAAUCGACACUGUCGCCUCGUCAAAGACUGCUGAUUUCGAGCAGGACAAGUGCAACCCCAGAGAGUUUGAGCUCUCCGCGCGCUUCGUGGAAUGGGACUACCCCGACAACACCAAGGGCGAGUGCACCAUCCCUGACGGCAAGGACGGUCAGCUCGCGGGCAUGGGUGCCUACGUUCAGGUCCCGGCGCCGGUUUUCAACAUUGGCAUCAUGAACGAGUAUCCAGCGGCGGUUGAUCUCCUGCCAAAGUACGUGUCCAUCUACGCUCACGAAGGAGACGAUGUCCUCAUGAAGGAGGUGAAGCACGAAUGCUCGUUGAUGAUGCUUGAAGACUAACAUUCCGCGUGUUCGAUGUAUAUAACCCUCAAGUUAUUCGGUGUAAAUGAUGCAUGAGAGUUUGUUUGCUU